AUGAAAGACUGACUAGCAACAUCAAAAUAGCGGCCAGAUCUCAAUCGGACUUGUUUAUCAGUCAUUAUUUGGUUCAGUCGCUUAGUGCUAUUCGUUGGUUUUACGUAAUACGGCAAUGAAUUUCGCCGGUAAAGUGGUUCUGAUUACCGGGGCAAGCAGUGGAAUUGGAGCUGCCACGGCCGUUAAACUAUCCAAACUGGGCGCCUCACUCGCUCUUACCGGUCGUAAGUUGGAAAAUUUAAAUGAUAUUGCAGAAAAAUGUUCAUCCAGCGGAGGUUCGGUAACCCCGUUUGUUGUUUCCGGUGAUAUCAGUAAAGAAGCCGACACGGAAAAAAUUCUCAAAGCUACCAUUGAAAAGUUUGGCAGACUCGACGUGCUGGUAAAUAAUGCGGGAAUUAUUGAAACCGGCACGAUUGAAACAACUAGCUUGGAGCAGUUUGAUCGGGUGAUGAACACCAACAUUCGAGCGAUUUAUCACUUGACUAUGCUGGCCGUACCACAUCUCAUCAAAUCCCAGGGCAACGUCGUCAACGUUUCUAGUGUCAACGGAAUCCGUUCGUUCCCGGGAGUUUUGGCGUACAACAUAUCCAAAAUGGCCGUUGACCAGUUUACACGUUGUGUUGCCCUGGAACUGGCGGCAAAAAAUGUGCGAGUCAACUGUGUCAAUCCAGGCGUAACAGUCACGAAUCUCCACAAACGCGGAGGAAUGGAUGAGGAAACGUACAAAAAAUUUCUGGAACACUCAAAAUCGACCCAUGCUAUGGGACGUCCAGGACAGGCCUCGGAAGUAGCCGAUGCAAUCGUUUUUCUAGCGAGUGAAUCGGCGUCAUUCAUCACCGGAGCUAGUUUGCCAAUCGAUGGCGGACGGCAUGCCAUGUGUCCGAGAUAAGAGAGAGAAAAACACCAAUAAUCAAAAGAAUUUGAUUUGCUGUUUGAAUAUAUAUCAUUGUGUGGAACAUUUGCAUUUUUAUACUGUUCAUUAAAAAAAUAUAUGUGAAUAUCGUUUUGCCUUU